GUCGACGAUUUCGUUUCUGCUGUAGUGUUUUUCUGUGGUACCGCUCUAUACCAAAAUUGUUAGAUUAUCGCCCAGAAGCUCAGUCAUUCUAAAUAUAUUGUAUAAAUAUAUUUCAAGCCAAUCAUGGAAUGUGUAAUUGGAAUUAAGGGAAAGGAUUUCAUUCUGUUAGCUUCUGAUAUGACAUCUGGAAGAAGCAUCAUGAGAAUGAAAAAUGAUCAAGACAAAAUGUACCAAUUAAGCGACAAACUCGUUAUGGCCACUGUUGGAGAAGCUGGCGAUGCUACACAAUUCUCAGAAUAUAUAGCUAAAAAUGUUCAGUUGUACAAAAUGAGAAAUGGUUAUGAUUUGUCACCAAAUGCUGCAUGUUGCUUUACAAGAAAAAUGCUGGCCGAUUACUUGCGUAGUCAGACACCAUACCAAGUAAACGUUCUUUUAGCCGGUUACGACGUGACUGAAGGUCCCGAAUUAUACUACCUGGACUAUUUGGCAUCUUCAAACAAACUUCCUUUUGCAGUACACGGCUAUGGGUCUUUCUUUACACUUUCAGUACUCGAUCGCUUUUAUAAAGAUAACCUUUCCGAAGAUGAAGCUGUGGAAUUGUUAAAGAAAUGCUUAAACGAAAUUCAAACGAGAUUUAUCGUAAACCUCGGUUCAUUCAAAGUUCGUUUCAUUUCUAAAGAUGGCGUAAAGGAUGCUGGAUCCGUUAAAGCGACUAAUGCAAUGGAACAAUAAAUUAUAAUCACAUAAACGAUGUUAAAUUUUUAUGUAUAAUUUUAUUAAAAAUAUACUUAAAAAGACUUUUCCAAAAAAGAAAGAAAAGAUAAACAAUCAUUUUUAGUAACCUUUACUUUGGUAAUACCGCAUUGUCAAUAAUUUAAAUGGAAGAGGCAAGACAGUAAAUCAUAGAAAGCAGCCGUCGGUGGUACAAUAUUAAUUUUUAAAAAGUCACCUGCUGGGUGCUUGAACAAAGCUUUGUUCCAAAGCUCUUUUUGUAUCCAGUCUUAGAUUAUUCUUGUGAAAGAAUACGAAAUUGUUCUCAACAUUUCUUAUGAAUGGAAAUAAAUAUUACAUAUUUAUCGGCAACUUAUA